AUGUAUUCACAACUCAAAACCUUUUUAGGUUGGGGCUUGGCCCCGACCCAACUGUCAUCUCUGCCGCCAUACUUUUCAAUUACCCUUCCUCAUGUCAUUGUUGAGGACCUUCCGUCUGAGGGUUUAAGAAAGACACUCCUAGUUCCUCGAGAAGGUGGAGGAAGAAAGGGCGAGGGUCACCCCCAUUCUCCUUCCUUGGACCCCUCAUCUAGCAAGAGAAUAUUUACAGUUGCUGAGCUGAAGAUGGUGUUCGAGUUGGCUCUGUUGAGGAGGUAG